UCUGGCUGCGCGCAGUAUAUGACAGCGCGUCCGCCGCGGGAUGGCCGUAGCGGCGGCGGCGGCGGCAGGAGCCCGAGCAGCCGCGGCCGCAGAGGAGGCCGGAGCCCGAUCGGCGGCGGCGGCGGCACCCCGGGGCGCGUAAGAUGGCGGCGGGGGGGGCCGGCGGGCCUGCGGGAGGAGCAGCGCUACGGGCUGUCGUGCGGGCGCCCGGGCCAGGACCGCGUCACGGUGCUGCACGUGAAGCUGACCGAGACGGCGAUCCGGGCGCUCGAGACCUACCAGCGGCACCAGAAUUUAACUCCUUUUCGACCUUCGAUUCAGUUCCAAGGGCUCCAAGGGCUUGUCAAGAUACCCAAAAAUGAUCCCUCCAAUGAAGUGCACACCUUUAAUUUCUACUUGUCAAAUGUGGGUAAAGACAACCCUCAAGGCAGCUUUGACUGUAUCCAGCAAACGUUCUCUAGCUCUGGAGCAUCUCAGCUUAAUUGCCUGGGAUUUAUACAAGAUAAAAUUACAGUAUGUGCAACAAAUGACUCAUAUCAGGUGACACGAGAAAGAAUGACCCAGGCAGAAGAGGAAUCCCGAAACCGAAGCGCAAAAGUUAUCAAACAUGGUGGACCGUAUGUAGGGAAGAGAGUGCAGAUUCGCAAGGCACCGCAAGCUGUUUCGGAUGCGGUUCCUGAGAGGAAGAGGUCGACCCCCAUGAACCCUGCAAAUACUAUUCGAAAGACACACAGCAGCAAUAGUGUUUCCCAGAGGCCCUACAGGGACAGGGUGAUCCACUUACUGGCACUGAAGGCCUACAAGAAACCGGAGUUACUGGCACGACUGCAGAAAGAUGGUGUCAAUCAAAAAGACAAGAACUCCCUAGGAGCAAUCCUGCAACAGGUAGCCAAUCUGAACCCUAAGGACCUCUCCUAUACGUUAAAGGAUUAUGUGUUCAAAGAGCUUCAGAGAGACUGGCCAGGAUACAGUGACUUGGACAGACGUGCAUUAGAGUCAGCUCUCUCUAGAAAACUAAAUCCAUCUCAGAAUGCUGCCAGCACCAGCCGCUCCGAGUCUCCUGUAUGUUCCAGUAGAGACACUGCGUCUUCUCCUCAGAAACGGCCCGUAGAUUCAGAUUUCAUCGAUCCUUUGAUGAGUAAAAAAGCUCGGAUAUCUCACCUGACAAAUAGAGUGCCGCCAACUCUGAAUCCCACCAGUGAGAAGCUGGGUGCGGGUCUGCCGCCGCCCCCAGUAGCCGCUGCUAUCCCCAGCCCCCCGCCGCUGCCUUGUACCCACCUGCCCGUCUCCAACCCUCCCCAGACUGUCGACUCCAACUCCAAUUCCCCCAGCACUCCAGAAGGCCGGGGGACUCAAGACCUGCCCGUUGACAGUUUCAGUCAAAAUGGUAGCAUCUAUGAGGACCAGCAAGACAAAUAUACCUCUAGGACUUCUCUGGACACCUCAGCCCCCAGCUCGGAUCUCCUCAAGUGUCCAAAGCCUACGGAAGAAAACCAUUCGUCGUCUCACAAAAAGUCCAAAAAGAAGUCUAAAAAACACAAGGAGAAGGACCAAAUCAAAAAGCACGGCAUUGAGAUGAUGGAGGAAACGGAAGAGGAUCCCGAAAGAGAAGAGGAAGUUGCCAAGCUCAGCGAUGCCAGUCCAGACUCCAGUGAAGGAGUUAAAGACGACCUCACUGCCGCCACAGAAGCUUCUUCAACCAUUGAACUCCCAGAUUACUUGAUAAAAUACAUCGCCAUCGUCUCCUAUGAGCAAAGGCAGAAUUACAAGGAUGACUUCAACGCAGAGUACGAUGAGUACCGGGCGCUGCACGCCAGAAUGGAGACGGUGGCCAGGAGAUUCAUCAAGCUGGACGCGCAGCGGAAGCGCCUGUCUCCUGGUUCCAAAGAGUAUCAGAACAUCCAUGAAGAAGUUUUACAGGAGUAUCAGAAGAUCAGGCAGUCGAGUCCCAAUUACCAUGAAGAAAAAUACAGAUGCGAGUAUCUUCAUAACAAGCUGGCUCACAUCAAGAGACUCAUAGGAGAAUUUGACCAGCAGCAAGCGGAGACUCGACACUAGAGCCCAGAAGAUGUGAAUGAACUUAUGCUUAUUUAUUUAGAAUUCCAAAUGAGUUGCUCUAAGAUUCUAAAAAGUGAAACUUUGCCUGUUAAAAGUUUCAGUAUUAGUGAACUUGAGUUACUUUCUUUUUCUUUUUUCCAUUUUACUUUGCUUCCUUGUAUUUUUGAAGCUGCUUUUUCUGGUCCUUCCCAUCCUCUCCUCCCCACACCCAACUUGUGUUUGUCUAUAGAAAUCAUUUCUCUUUAGAUAUUGGGGAUCCAGUGUCUAGAGUUCAGAUCACCUUUUUUUCUUUAAAAACUGUGUUUGUCAUAAAGUGAUUUUUUUUAAGAUGUUGGGGAUCCAAUGUCCACACUUCAAAGUCAAUGUGUGUUUAAAAAAAAAACAAAACAAAAAAAAACCAGUAACGUGCAAGGUGAAAUGCUUUUGGAUAAACAUAAGCCUUUUUCUGACCUUUCUUAAUGCGAACUCUUUGCCUUAAAUGGUAGAAUAUUUAGAAAUUUGCACAAAAUACAAAAAAAAAAUGAAAACAUUGUUUUGGAGGGUUAAAAAAUAGAAAUGUGUGUGUGCUUGUGUGUGGAGGCCACGCACCAGAAUCUCUACAGCCUGACUUGAUCUCGGAUGGUGAGUCCAGCCUGCAGGUUAACCCCCCACUGCAAUGGUUGCCUUAAGGUGUUUGCUAGUCAUGUACAUAGUGUGGUUGAUCAUUAGUGACACUGCUUCCCACUCGAUUCUGGCAGUGGGCACACACCGUGGCCCCGACCUGUGUGUGUGUGGAGGCGGUGUUGGUGUGAGUGUGUGUGACGGAAAACAAGCUGCUACUCUCAGUAGGCCAAACGCUCAGGUUAAACAACUGACGAGUGUUACUGUAGGUUGUGUUGUUGUUGUUGUCAAUUGUCUCUGUCCAAUCGCUACUUCUAUUGUGGAAGACAAAAAGCAUUUCCAUUUCAACAGUUUGUCAACUUUAUUCAUGUUGGGUGAAACUGAUGUUCUGAAAAAUGAAACAGAUCUAUAGUUUUGGGGCAAAAUUAUAAAAUUAAACGUGUAGGUUAACCUAUUUAUAUACUGCUAUAAAGUAUUUUUUGAAGAGAGAUAUGCAAAGAAGCUAUUACCUACAUUAAAUGUAUAUUUAAAGAUUUUUUUUUUUCAUCCUGGGUGCCAGGACUGUAAGAAAAGAACGGAUAUAUUUAACAAUAACAUACUGUGAUUCAUCAAACAGCACAAACUUUUCAUUUCCUGGAGUUUAUCUGUUGAUGUUGAUUUCAACUAUCACUUGUUUUAUCAUGUGGGAACAUAAGUUAUGUGGUCACAAUUGUGCAGAUUUUGAGCUGAUGUUGAUUCAAGUUGUGUUGUCUCACCGUGUUGUUUUUUCCCAAAGUGCUGCCAACUAAAAAGGGAAGCAUUAUGUUUACAAAUCUGUUCUGAAAUGUUUGCCAAAAUUUUGGUAGUAUCUUUAAUAAAGAUGUUUGUCUCCAGCAUCCAAAAAUAAAUAAAUACCUUUAUUGUGUAUCACUAUAAACCAGAAAACGUGGGUAUGUAGAGAACAGAAAGAACACAUAGAUGAACCUUUUUAAAUUUGGAGUUCUAAAAUAAUGACUGGAAAGAUAAAAUCAUGGUAAAAAUAUACGGAAGUAUAUAAGCUGCACAAAGACAGAAACUAAACCCUGUGUACUAUAAUGCUCUAACAUUACUGUGGAAAUUUAAUUUCUUUGUAGCUUGGCCCUCCGAGGGAAUUUUAUUUCUUAACAGCAUUUUGAGAUCCCUGGUACUCUUCCUUUACCUCUAAAUUGGUACAAUCAUUGCUAAAUCUUCAUUGAUUUCGUACUUGCAGUUGAAAAAAAUACACUUCAGAAAGGAAACUUCAUUUGGGAUAGGUUAGGGAGCACCUUUACCAUGAUACAAUCUCCCAAAGGAUUUCUCUGUCUGUCUUGGCCUUCUUGUCAAAGAUUCCGCACUGCUCUUUGCUGUGAGCAUUGUUUCUCCAAAGCAUGGUGCUUGGACGUUGCUUCAUACAGAUUAGACACACAGGGUCUGUUCCUAUAUCUCUUCAUUUUCUGGAAUAUCCUCUAGGUGACUUGCAGCGCAGCUAAGUGCAAGAACAAGUACAAGUACUAAAUCUUGAAUUUUCUAAACCUCAAAAUCAAACUGAAGUUCAGCUAUAGGCCUUUUCUUUCCUCUUCUUUUCUCUUCUUGUUAAACCCAUCUCUGCCAGCACAUACAAUUUAUCUGUCCCCACUAUGUGACAUGAGGCUCCCUCCCACUCAGCACACUGCCAACUCUUCUUUCAAAACUUAUUUACAAGCAAACCUUCCAGUUGACCAUUAGUCUUUGGGGGUCCUACCCACAUGCAUCAGCACAUCUUCUUGUUUACAAAUCGGGUAAUAAUGGAAGCCGGAGAUGCUUAUGAGAAUUCAGCGUUGCACGCCCAUGGACAUGAGCACCUACCUAGAAAAGCCUUAACUUAGCUGUUUGCUGUGUGUAUCAAACAGAGCCUUGCAAACACUACCGAUCAGUUACACGUAUGAAAUUCCUGAUCUCUGAAUCUGCUAUUACCCAAGGCUAUAUCCCUUUUGAAGAUGGGCAUGAGUCUCUUAAAUAUUUAUAAUUAUUCUUUAUCUCCUACUGGAAGAUUUUUAGAUUCUCUGAAAUGUUUGCUUCAGGAAUGAACAGCCACAUAAGUUUCGUUUACUCUUGUGGAUAAUUUAGUUUAGUUCUUUGUUUUGUUUUUGAGAGUGGAAAAUAGUAUUGUCAAGAUGAAAUCAUGAGCUGUGUCCUUU